AUGCCUUGCUAUUUCUUCUUUCUGGUUUACCUUGAGGAUGCUCCUGGAAAGGAGCUUUCUUCUCAACUUAGGGUGUUGCAAAGUAAUCUCAAGGCUUCAUCUACAUCUCCAUCUCCGGCUUUGAUAUUUCUAGGAGGUAGAGUGCUUGAUCAAUACCAAAGUUCUCCCACUUUAGAUAUUGUAGAAGCUCUAAUAUGUGGACGAGAUUGGCUACAUGCAUCAAUGGGUUGCCAUGGAAAAAUGGACUUUGAUGAUGGUGUUGAUGAUAUGUUGAAGGGGGACCUUGUUGCUCAAACUUUAAAUGAAGCUUCAAAUGAAAUUGAGAUUGAUUAACUUUGAAAAUUGCAUAUUCGGAGUUUUACAUGUUAUUUUGUAUCAUUAAGACAUGGAUUCUUGAUAUUAUUUUUAGCAUGCCACUGAAUUUUGUAUUAUCAAGACAUGAAUUUCUAUGUAACACUUAUUAAA